UUGGCUCCCGUCUGUUACGAGACCACGGCGCUUCAGUUUUCACUUUCUGUCUUUCUAGCCCCCUCCCUAUUUCCUAGGGCCACGAGGUUUCACUUCCGGUUGCGGGUGCCUGGGGCCAGAGAGGGGACCGGUUCCCAGCACCGGGCUUGAACCGAGGCUGCUACCCGUCUGUGUGGCUGAGCGACUGGGGCGCACGCGGCCCGCGUCUGAGGAGAGGUCGGGAGUCGCCUCAGGGCGAGGGGCCUGGAGGAGAAAGGGACGCGCAGGAAAAGCAUGGGAAGGACACUGAGCGGUGAACUCGACUCCUCAGGGAAGGCGGCCGCGCCGGGGACAGGGAAAAAUCAAGUUUGUGUCUGAGAAUUGUACAGGUAACUACCCUAGGCCAUCUUCUGACAGUGUCUGACAUGUGGCUGCAGGUACCUACAUGUUUUCUUACAAAAGAAGUCAUUUUCGUGCCUUCGAACUAAGUCAGAAUUACCUCUAUGAACUUUCAGGCAACGCUGUUAUUAAAUGACCCAGACAGACCUUUCCUCUUAUAAUUGUAGCUUUUCAAUCCUGGGAACCUAAAAGAUGGCAACGCCCCCUUAUAAAAACACACUUGAACUCAAUAAAAAUGCUCUCAUCUCUCCAUGGAAAGGGCAGUUAAUUAUUCAAGGUUGUUUCCUGUGUGAUAUAACUCUUUGUUCUACUUAUGGCACAGUAAUUCCAGUACAACUGCCACGGGAACUAGAUUUUAAGUAUGUAAUGAAAGUAUCUUCUCUGAAAGAAAGCCUACCAGAAGCUGCCUUUAGAAGACAGAAUUAUUUGGAGCAGAAAGUCUGUUGCCAGGAUUUAUGCUUUGAUUUAUAUGAAGUGGAACUGUCAAACAAACAAGGAGAAAACAUAGAUAAGCUAAUCGAGUACAUUGAACAUAAGCAAUUGGCAAUCAUCAAAUGCUUAGAAGAUAGGGAAUUUUUCAUUUUACUUACAUCAUCAGCCUUAACACCAGAACCAGAUUUUGGAGAUGAGCAGAUGGGUCUACACGGUUUACAUUUAUUCCACUCACCUCAGUCAACAGGGGCAAAGAACUUAAAAGUUGAAGAUGACAUCUCUCUGAAAGUGAUACCUAUUAUACCUGCCCUUAGUUGUGCACUUCUAGAAGCAAAGAAAUCACUUCCUGAAAAAGGAAUCCCUCCAAAUGUCUUAGUAAAGCAUAGUUUCCAAGAUCUAUACAAGGUGGACAAAAGCCUGUCAUUGAUGGCUCCUCGAGAUGGAGUGAGAGACACUGCCUUCAUUAGGAAACUGUCCUAUAGUUUUGACUUGGCACCCCCAGAUGAAAAGUGCCCUUCAGAGUCUCUGAUUCAGUUGAAGAAUUAUUUUUCAGACCCUAGUGGCUAUACUCUGGAUCUGUCUACUGCUUUAGACUUGUUAACAGAGCAUCCUCAGUGUCCUCGUAUUUCAGAUGGAAUUUGUGAUGCUGGGUUUUCUUUAGUUAUGGCUCCAAAUCCUGAAUUUCUUGACUCAGAGAUGGAAGUAAGAAAAGAAACUGAAACAACAAAAAAAUCUGGAAAGAUGCUUAGAGUGAAGAAGAGAGCUGUGGCUCCAUUGACUCCACCUUCAAAUCUGAGAGUUCAGCCAAAGAGAAAGGCCAGCACAUCAGUUGUUACGCUUCCAAAUAAACGAGUGAACCUGGGUCGCCCCCUUUCCAAAAGAACUGCGCCCAGGGCAGACAGCGGAUCAUGCAUCCCAACUCUUAAGUUAGUUAAAGGGCAGUUUCCUCAGAAGAUAAAAAGAGGUGCAGAAGUGCUGACUGCACAAUUUGUACAGAAAACCAGACUGGAUAGGAAAAAGCGUGACGUUUCUAUGUCUAAAGAUGCUCCAGUAGCUACAAAUGCUAAAAGAGCAAAGAAACAAGAGAAAUCUCCAGGUAGAGUUGUUUCCCGGCCUAAACCACCUGUGAAAAAAUGUCCCCCAAAACAAAAGGUAAAUGUAACAAGAGGUCGUCGGAAUUCCAAAACCAGAAAGCAGCUGCAUCCUGCCGAAAAAGACAUUACUUUACAUCUUCAAUCAGAAAUUUCAUCAAAUGGUCAGAAAGAUGGAAUUAACCUAAGUACUGCUCAACAAGAAAGUAUUGCAAUGAUUCCUAAACAUUUUCCUGAAAACUCAAUUAUCAACUGUGACUCUCAGGCUUUAAAUAUGUUAGCUGAUCUGGCAUUAAGCUCUGCCGCUUCUUCCACACCACCUUGUGAGCUUAGGAACCUUCCCAGUGUCUCUGAAUUGCCACAAAAUAAUGUUUUACUCUCUAAAGAAAAUUCAUUGCACAGUACCUCUGAUCAUGAAUAUCAUAGGGGAGUUAAAAGUCAAAAAGGUGUGCUACUACCUAAACCAUCUUCUGAUGAGAAGCUUAAUUCAGAGUCAGACUUACCUGUUAGCCAAGAAGAAAACUUGGUACCUUUUGCUCAGCUUCUUGCUAUUACCCAGUCAGUACCCCCUGAGGAAGUCCAAGAAUCCUCAGAUGCAAGUCAAAACUCGGUUGCUGUGGAACAUUCCUAUGCCUUGCUUCUUGCUGAGCAGUCAAAGAAACAUCUGCAUCAGAGAAAGUUACCAAGCCCUGCUUUUGCAAAGAAUGGGGCAAAAGGCCCCGAAGCUGGAACUCCUAUAGGAAAGGUCAUGCCAUUUCGGCAUCUACAGAACACCUCUCCUCUACAAAAGCUUUCUGAAGAUUCAUUGACUAAGCGCAAAAGUCUGUUUGUGUCUUCCAGUCUUAAAGAUUUUUUUUGCUCUCAUACGGUUCUUAGUUGUGAUGGCUCCUUUAAGAUCACUUUCAAAUGUGAAGGAGAAUAUGCAUUCAGUUUAGAUAGCAGAUACACCAGCAACCCUCUGGAGAAAACUGUUGUGAGAGCAUUACAUGGACCCUGGAACACUGAUUGGCCUGAAAAUAUGGAAGAUGUGAAGCUUUUACUUCAUAUGUGGGUAGCCCUGUUCUACAGCAAACAGAACAAAGUCAUGGGAUCACCUCGAAAGGUGGUAGAACACAGAAACCCAGCAAAAUAUGUAUGCAUAAAUAGGUCUAUAGAAUCUUUUGACCAAAGUGAAAUUGAGGAGUUUCCCAGUGUGGAACGAUAUUCUGAAGACCCUCUGUUGGAGAACAAAGAAGCGUGUGAAAGUCAUACCACCAGUACGACCUUUCCUGGACCUAACUGUGUACUUCCUUUCAUUAAUCCACCAACCACCAGAGACUUGGAACUCUGUGUACAGAAUGAACAGAAAGAAAUAUUUACAGCAGAGUGUCACCUGGAUACUUCAGGAAGCCAGAAUUUUAUCCAUUCUUGUAAUAAUGAGGUAACUGGAGGUAAAGACAAACAAGAAUUAUCAGAUAUACCCGAGACUUCUAAUGUUGGGCUCUCUGAUGUCGCAAGUGCCCAAAGGAAUGGAUCUUGUAUUCCCAGUGAAGAUAAGACCUUCCCGAGCACAAAGAUGGUUUCUUGUAAUAACUCUGUCACACAAGCCACCUUGACAACAGCCUAUGAUGGGGCCGGCAGUGAGGCAAUGAUGUGUCACAAGUCUUUGUUGAGCACCCUUGAGAACAAAGUUGAUACUUUUCAUCCAUCGCUGCUGAUAAAAGCAGGUGCUGUACAGGAUGCUAUCCAGUAUAGCAGCCCCAUCAAUAACAAAUGUCCACCUUCUGUAGAAAGGACAGAUGGUAAUGCGGAAUAUAUGAUGAUUAAUCAGGAGCCGGUUACUCUUGCUCUUGAAAAAGCUGCUUGUGUACCAAUACAUACUUCUGUAUGUACAGAAGUAAAUACAGCCGACAAACCUACAGGCUUUAAUACUGAGCUGGUUAAACAAGUGUCUCCUGCCUUGAAUAUUCAGUAUCCUGUGUCUAAAUUGGAAGAGGCACAAACACAGUGCCCUAGGGACAUUCAUUCUCUUGCCAUUUCAGAGUAUAGAGAGAGAAAGUGCCUUUCUGCCUCCUCCCUAGAAAUGGAAACAGCUCCUGAAAGCCUGUGUCCAUUACAAAAAGAGAUUCCUCCUCCAACAUCAGCUGAUGGAUUGAUAACGGAGGCCCUGCCGUUAGUUAAAAGUUCUAGCUAUUCAUUAGCCAGUAACAAAACAAAAUGCCCACAAGAUGCUUCUCUACAGACUCAGAAUGGUUUCAGCAUGUCUAUAAAUGAGGUUCUAGAACCAUCACAAGUUAAAGUAGUAUCAUCAACCUCUGCUACCCUGGGAAACAAACUGUCCCUUAACUGUAUUCCAGCAAUAAGAAAUAUAUCAGAUGGCCCCUCAGAAGUAUGGAUUAAUGACAAGAGUAGUCAAAAGCAAGAAAAGACUUUGCAAAUACUUAAUUCAGUAUUUCCCAAACAAGCUGAUCUAUCUAUGAAUAGGGAGGAGUUGUCAGGGCACUAUUCUGAUACUAACCCAGCUUUAACGGCAUUACCACCUACAAGCCCCAGGGAGGAAAUGGCAGCUGGUGAAAUUGAACAAUUGCAGAAGACCCCAGUGUCAAAUUUAGGAUUGCAGAGUAGAACUGAAGAAGAGGUUGGACCAGAAGUACAGGUCCUCAUAAAAAACAAAACAAUAAAUUCAGCUAGCUAUAUCUCAGUGUAUGCUGUGGAACCCAGAGAACCAUUAAAAGAGACACAAAGCAAUGAUUUAAAGCCAGGUACAUUAAUACUUUCUAAAGAAAAUUGUGCCCCUAAGGUGACAGAGGAAAUUAAUGUUACCUCAGACUUUCCCUUUGGUCCUCUAAUAGAAGAAGUAUCACCAGCUUCUAGUCCUGAUCCCAUACUACAAACUGAAGAAACACAACCCAUUCCAUGCUUAAAACUUCAUGGUACACAGUCUGAGAAAAGUAGCGAGUUCUCCCAGAUUAAGUCAGGAGAUUUAACUAAAGCAGGAAAAGAAAAUUCUUUUGUUGGUCCUAAAAUUUCAAUGGGACAAGAUAAGUUAACUCAAGUACAAGUGCAGCUCUCUGCAGAAAUGCCAUGGGUACUAACCAGUGCAGGAAUAGAAGGCAGAGUAACUGUACCUGGUGAAGUAGCUGAGUUCAGUGUCCCAAAUGAGCAGAAUGAGAGUUUCUCUUUUUCAGAGAAGGUACAGUGCCAUGAUACAGAAUUAAACAAGCCUACCUCACCCCCUAAAUAUGGAGGUAACUUCAAGCCUCUUGAAAAACUCUUAAAAUCAGGGAAAUCAUUGCAGGCAAUUUGUAUGGAGAACAGAAAUCUGGGCAUAAAGCCUUUUGCCUUGGAGUCCAGUGUACCCUUAUGUAGUACUAGAAAAAUUGUUGAAAAUAAGUCUUUGGCAGACACAUUGGUUUCCAUCUCCAGUGUAAGUGAAAUAGUGAAUAUGUCAUUAAAGCAGACUGGCUCUAAAAACAGUGAGAAAAAUAGCUCUGACAGUGAUUUAAAACCAGAGGCUGAUACGAAUAUGCAGCCUGGGUCUGUGAACUCUGCCUCCAUUGACAAAACUGAUGUUGUACAGCCAUACAUCCACCCAGAAAUCUCAGAGUUUGUUUCUUCCUGUGACAGGGCUCAGUGCACCUAUUACACAAAACCAGUAAGUGUAGAGCCAGGGUUUCAAACACAGGAAAUACCAGUAGUUAGAAUGGCCAGUUUACUUCAAAAUAUUGGAACUGAAUUACAUGAAGAAAUGAUGGAUCUCAGUGCUGUUGGCCUUCACUCUCAUUCCACAUCUACAAAAGGUGAACAAAAAGCAAUCCAUGUGAUGCAGGACACAUCAAAAUGUGAAGAAAAAAAGCCCUUGAAUGAUGGAGUUUUCUCCCACAAUGUUCAUUCUUACCAAAAUACAGCAGACAUAAGUAAAAGUAUCAGUGAAGAGCCUUCUGCUUCCUUUGUCCCAGAAUCCCUUGACUCUGUUUGUGACAUCUACAAAGAACAUACUGUCAGUGAAAACCCUAAUAUGGGACAUAAAACCAAGGCAGAUUCUAAAGCAUCGAGCAGGAAUACAGAGAUAAGUGUGAAUGCUUCCACGUGCUAUGGACCACUUUCUGGAGAUACUGACCCCGAUUCUCUAGAUUGUAGAAACUGUAAAUUAGAUGUAGAGAAUUUGUGUACUUUGGAAGGUAGUCAUGCAAGCCACGAAGAUGCUAUAAAAGAUAGUAGUGAUUCUUUCACAGGCUUAAACAACAGUGACACUUGGGUCUACUCCAGCAAAAUUUCAGAGCUGGAGACACAUGUUCCACCCAGAAGCUGGGACACAGAAUCGUGUCCUAUCUCAACAAGUGAUAAGUGUAUGCCACGCUACAUCCAGAUCCCAGAUUCCAAUGGUAUCUCCAGGACUUAUGCUAACUUUACUAUAACAAAAGAGUCCAAAGAUACCACAAGAACAUUGCAUAGCCUGAAGAGGCAUCGGAAUUUCACUGCAAAUUGGAAUAGCCUUAGCUCCUGGACUAGCGCUUGGCAUGUGACAGAUGACCUCACGCAGAAUACUUUAGACCUGGAGUACUUGCGUUUUGAUCAUAAGCUAAAACAAAUACUAAAGAAGGGGGAUUCUCAGCAAUCUUCCCUUUCCACCAACAUCUUCCCUAAGGAGUCACUUAUCCGAAUCUCAGUUGAAGCAUGCCCUUCAACACAAACAUCUGAUGCUUCACUUCUGCAUCUUCCACCUAAGAGCAGAAGCCCCAUCCUGGUAACAGUUGUACACUCAGACACCGGGCCACAAAGUCAUCGUAGAAGAGAACACUCACCCAGCAAUCUAGACAGUUCCUCUUUUUGGAAGGAGAAACAUAGUCAAAGUAGAAAUCCUGAAAGAAAUCAGAUUAUUCCAGUACAUCUCAAUAAACUGAAAUACAACAGUACUUUGAAAGAAGCUAGAAGUGAUAUUUCACUUAUUCUAAAUGAAUAUGCUGAAUUUAAUAAAGUUAUGAUGAAUAGCAACCAAACUGUUUCCCAAGAUAGAGAGUUAGAUGUAGCUUCUGCAGAAGCUUGUCCACAGGAGACAUGUCAGCCAAGACAGUCGGUAUCCUACAAAGAUGUGAUCACGGACUUGUGUGCCACUCUGCAUAUCAAACUAAAAGGAGUUAUGAGGGAGGCUUGUAAGAGCCCUUUCAGGUUCUACCUCGUUGAAACAGAAGAUAAGUCAUUCUUCCUAAGAACAAAGAGCAUUCUAAAGAAAGGAGGCCAUACAGAAGCGGAACUUCUGGAUUUCUGUCAAGCUUUUCACAGAGAGACUGAGACACUAUUAGUUAUCAUCAAAAAUGAAGACAUAAUAUCACAUUUGCAUCAAAUUCCUUCUCUGCUGAAGCUGAAGCAUUUCCCCAGUGUCAUUUUUGCCGGGGUGGACACCCCUGAAGACAUUCUGAAUGAUACCUACCAAGAGCUGUUUCGCUCAGGCGGCUUUGUGGUAUCGGAUGAUGACAUACUAGAAAAUUUAACAUUAGUUCAACUGAAGGAAAUUGUCAAAAUCCUGGAAAAACUAAAUGAAAAUGGAAGAUGGAAGUGGCUGCUUCACUACAGAGAGAAUAAAAAGCUCAAGGAAGAUGUCAGGGUAGAUUCAAUCGCGCAUAAAAAGAACUUAAUUCUGAAAUCAUACCAGAGUGUAAAUAUCAUUGAAUUGCUUCAUUAUCACAACUGUGACUCUCCAUCACCAACAAAAGCUGAAAUUUUGAAAUGCUUGCUAAACCUGCAAAUUCAGCAUAUCAGUGCCAGGUUUGCUGUCUUCCUAACAGACAAGCCCAUGGCAUCCCCAGAAGUCUUUGAAAAUAGUGGAAUCCUUGUUACAGAUGUAAACUACUUCACUGAAAAUAUACAAAAUAUAGCAGCUCCAUUUAGGAGUAGCUAUUGGUGAUUAAACUACGUUUUGGAGUUGAGGGUAGGCAUGGAAGACGCCAACAAUAAAUUAGUAUUUUCCUGUGUCUGAAAAACUUCAAAUACAUACAAACAAUCCUCAUUUGAAAAAAAAUCCAUGUUUUCAUUUUUAUACUUUGCUAGAAUGUCUCAUCAGACCAUAGUUGCCAUUAGCUUUGGGUUACAAUGUUUAGUAAAAUUUUCAUUCUAAAUAUAAUGCCUUCAAAACUAUUGAGCUUAAUAUUAAAAUUGAGACCUUCACAUGUUUACCUAGCAAAAGUAAAGUCUAUUUUAACAAAUAGCCAUUUUCACGUGUGGUUAGAGGCUUAUGAAGUGCAUGUUUCAGAGGUUUUACCACAUUGUAAAAAAAAGUAUAAUCUGUAAUGGUUUUGUUUGCUAUUGCCUAAGAAACACUACAAAGAGAAAAAUCAUCUUUUUCGUAAAUGACAAAUUUGUACACUUUUCCACUUGGGUUUUUUUUAAAUGCUGCACUACAAAAAAAAUCAAUCUGAGGAAGAAAUUAUUUAUGAUAUUAGAACUUUCUUAAGUCUUUAAAAUACACACAAGAAGAAACCAUUUGUAUACUAUCUAUUUGGAACAAAGGAUUUUAUACAUAGUUUGGGGUUGGGUUGGUUUUUUUUUAUUUUUUUUUUUAAAUAAAGAAUUAAAAUGCA